AUAAAAAUAGUUGAAGUCGAAAAUACUAGUAUAGAAAAAGUUAAUGAAUUUGAUCGUAAUGUUUUGGGUCUAAAUCGAGCUGCCUUUUUGGAUUAUCUUAUCAAAAAUACGAAGAUAUUCGUUGCCGAAAAUGAGAAUGAUGAAGCAGUUGAUGGUAAAACUAUUGAAGGAUAUAUUGCUACUAAAAACGAUCGUAUAUGUGCACUUUAUGCUAAUUCUGUUUCUAUAGCUCAUAGUUUGAUGCGGAAAUUUCUUCAUACAACGAAAUUUUCUGAGAUCACUUUCUGUACGAAAAAUGAAUGUUGGGACAUUGAGAGGAAUCCAUCAACGGUAUCGAAGCGAAUUCAUCGAAGACACACCAGAGCCGUCCCAUCAACGAUCAAAUGGGAUCGCGUAUAUGCAGUCAAUGUUGGCGUACAUAUUAUAUAA